AUAGUUCAAAUCCAUCCCAGCGUGCAGCGCGCCCUAACGGCUCCACACCACACACCGCAUUGCCGGUUUGCAGCAGGCCGAUUGGAUUUGGGGUCCUUAGCCGGUCAACCGGGUCGAACCGAUCCACGACAAAGAAAAGGACCCCAUUUGUCUGUCUGCUAGCACAGCCUCCCCUACCCUGAAUUCAGACUGGCCGCAUAUACUUCGUGUGAACGACCGGCGGGUAUUCAUCCACACUGUUUUCUCGGAACCGAACCGACCUGAAUUGAAGGGACACUACACCAGGCCCUCAUGGCCGAACCGCUGCAGCCCCAGACGCCGAGUAGACACGAGAAGAGCCUUGGACUUCUCACCACUAAAUUCGUUACCCUUUUGCAGGAGGCGAAAGACGGGGUUUUGGAUCUCAAAGUGGCAGCAGAUACGCUUGCUGUCAGGCAAAAGAGGCGCAUCUACGACAUUACCAAUGUUCUGGAGGGAAUUGGCCUGAUUGAGAAAAAGUCCAAAAACAGCAUCCAGUGGAAAGGAGUUGGUCCUGGUUGUAACACCAGGGAAAUUGCAGACAAGCUUAUUGAUUUGAAGGCAGAGCUAGAAGAUCUUGAAAGGCGAGAGCAUGAGCUUGACCAGCAGAGGGUUUGGGUACAACAGAGCAUCAAGAAUGUCACAGAUGACAUCCAGAACAGUAGAUUAUCUUAUGUAACCCAUGAAGAUAUCUGCAGCUGCUUUAAAGGUGACACACUUCUGGCAAUCCGGGCACCCUCAGGUACACAGCUAGAGGUUCCAGUUCCAGAGGGAGUGCAGAAUGGACAAAAGAAGUACCAAAUUCAUUUGAAGAGCGCAUCUGGACCCAUUGAGGUCCUACUUGUAAAUAAGGACACCGCAAGCUCACCACCCGUAGUACUGCCAGUGCCACCUCCUGAGGACCUUAUUCAGAAUCUUCCUCAGGCACCAGCCACACCAGUUUCUUCCACCUCCCCAAAAAGGACCUCUCUUCCUUCUCAUCCUAGCACUCCACAGCAAUCAUCCACUCCUGCCAUCACUGGCCAUACAUCUCAUCAGUCUACACCCUUGUCCUCGUCUUUAGGAUCCUGUAGUGCCGUCCAAGCUGUGUCUGCGACAGAUCCUUCUAGCAACGCCAGAAGUGAACCUGAUCUUACGCCACCUACAACAGAUGCCCCUACCAAUCAGACAACCUCUUUAGAUACACAACCACUUCAGUCCUCUGCGUCCCUCGACAGCAGCACUAACCUUUCAUCUGUGACUCUUGAACCCAUUAAAUCUGAUCCUGCAGAAUUACUGGAUUUCCCUAAAGAAUUGUCAGAAAUGUUUGAUCCUACUAAAGAAUGUAUGAGUGCUGAACUUUUAGAAGAACUAAUGUCCUCAGAAGUGUUUGCUCCAUUGCUCAGACUUUCUCCACCACCCGGUGACCACGACUAUAUCUACAACCUUGAUGAAAGUGAAGGCCUCUGUGACCUUUUUGAUGUACCUAUCCUUAACCUUUGACCCUUGAACAUUAUAUUUAGGACACUUGUGAAUAGAUACUUUAGAAAGAUGAAAAAAAUAUUUUUACCCUUCAUGGAAUAAAAUACCCGUAUAUUUUUGGAGUUUUAUUUCUGAUAAGCUGUUUGAAGACAAGAAGAAGGAAUGUUCAGAUAUCCUGGAAACUGGCAGAGAAUGAUAUUAACUGAACAGGAGGAACCCUGUUUGUUUCUUUUAAAACAUAAAAUAUCAGUUUUUGUUUCACACACAGGUUUCUUUGUUCCUCCAUAAUUUUGAUGUCCACUUUAAGAGACAAGAUCUUUUUACUUCUCAUCUAACAGAGAAACCUGACUUGUAUUUAUCUUUCAUGGGUUUGAAGUUCAGUUUGUGCAUUUGUACUUGAUAAUGAUUCUACAAUAUAUACAUAUAAUAUUUUUUCAUUUAGACUCGGCCCUGAUAAGGGCUGAGUUUUGAGAUCUUGUUUAAAAGUGGCUUAUAAGAACAGAUGGAAUAGCUCAGUCAGAAUCUCAAAAUCUGUCUGGCAGUUUCUAUGUUUUUGUUAUUUGGUUGUGUGUGUGUGUGUGUGUGCGUGUUUUUUGUUGUUUUUCUUUUAACAAAAUCAGGAAUUUUGUGUAUAUUUAUGUGUGUCUUUUUGUAUUUGUUGUUUGAAUAUAUAUGUAUAUAAAUGUUCUUUCUAUCAAUUUCUAGGAAAACAAUAUUUUUUAUAAGAAAUUCUGAUUUCCAAAAUACCAAAACCAAAAUGUUUUUAUGAAAAAAGUAAACAAUUAUUAUCACAACAAUUCCUAAAUUAAGCUUUUCACAUUAAACCAACCAACAGCAGUGUUUGGUAUGGCGAGAUAUAUACAUGUGUAUACAACCGUAUACUGAACCUCAAAGUGUGCAAAACUAGUUUUACUCUAUUACAAACUUUCUAUACUGCCCAGUUAAUGUAAAAGGAGUCUGUGGUUAACUGAAUGACAAAUUUACCUUAGUUAAAGAAUGCUAUUUACUGACCUUCUUGGAAAAAAAUGUCACAUUGUUUGUCUAAUCUAUUUUCCACAUUUGCAUUGUGGAUACCUUGUGAAAAGAACAUAUGUGUGCAGAGUUCUAAAUGUUUCACGUUUACUGUCAUUAUAGUGGCCUUGUCAUCUAUAGUCUGUUUUUCAGGUAAAAUCCAGGCAUCAGACCCCAGGAAAUAAUAGCAUACAUUUCUUAUUCAAAUUACUGUGAUUAAAAAAUCUAGCAGAAUAUGCAAGAUUAAGUUUGUCAUGUUCAUGGGACAUCUUUUCGUGUUUGGUUGAAAUAGUUUAUGUUUUGGUGUAACCUUCUGGCAUAAUUUGCCAUGCUUUAGCUGUGGGAUUUGCAUAUUUAUUUGCCUAUAAGGAGAUAGAUAUGUUGAAACCAAGCUGUUUGAAUGAAUGAAUGUCAAGCAUAAAGUUAGCUAUAAUAAGAAAAAUCAAAAGUACCCAAUAUUUCAUUUAUUUGGCAUUAUUUGUACAUGGCCGCUGACGCUUGGUAACCGUUAACAGAAAAAGUAAAUCCCAAAGCUUUUUUUAUCCAUACAGUGUUGAAGUUGAAUGUGCAGUGAAUGUUAGCAUGAAUUCUAUUAUCUUACUAAAUAUCGUUAAAGGGUACAUAUCUGUCAAAUUUAAAAGUAUAGCUUUUCAAAUGAAAAAUAAUCCACAAUGGGAUUGGCUCCAGCAGACCCCCGUGACCCUGUGUUAGGAUAAUGGAUGGAUGGAUGAUGAUGAUGUGUUUUAUAGGGUGACACUAAAGAAUAUUGAGCUCUCAAAUUUAUUAGGGAUAGCAUUUGGAAAUUUUAAUUGAAUACAAUUAUUUAGCCUGUUAACUGCCUUUAGUGAUAUUCAGUAAUUGUGUUUUCUUAUCUUCUUAUAUUUACAAACAUGUAAUGUUUCCCCCUUCCUUACAAAAAUGUCCUUAAGAUUCUUUUAUCCUCCGACUUCAGAAAAUGAUUGUUGCUUUCCUGCUUAACUCUAGCUAUUGGUACCAUGUCUUUAAAGUUUAUUUAGUCUUACCGAUGUUAUUGCCAAUAAACAAUGCUGUAUUAGAGAGCAUGGGUUUUUGGUGAUGCUUAUUAUACUGCUGAAACAUUAGCUUCUGGUCUAAUAUAAAGCACAAAUAAUGGUAUUAUUUUCAAUCAUAAAAUAAUAAAUGCCUCUGUACUUGCCAAUUUGUGAUGUACACUCUUUUUGUAUGCAGCAGCGUUCAACAUGUCAUAUAGCUGUACAUUUUAAAACAGACACACAUUAAAAUACCUUUACCCUAAAGCUGCACCACAUAUUCUUAUUAUCCUAGUUGUACCGUACAUUUAACUGAGUCUCUUGUACUUAUUUGGAUUAAACUAAUUACAAUCUUUAAAUGUACAUUUCCCUCAUCAGUCCUUAUCUUGUGCUUACAAGCAGAAGUCCAUUUUAGCAUUGUUUUAACGUGAUAUUCUAAUAUAAUGUUCAUUAGCUCCCUCCUGUCUGCAUUUGCUAUGUUAAGCAAACAGGUGGCAAAAUGCUGGGACACUAAGUCUUAUCCUCCCAAGAUUAUCGAUCAAGUUCAGAUGUUAACAAAAAUGCUCAGGUUGUAUAAAAUGUAGCAAACUGUUUGUAGUUUUCACCUACACUUUUUAUCAUCUUCAAAUGAGAUGUUGAACGUGUCUUUUUAGUUUUCUGUAAGUUGUUGGUGAUACAAUGCCUUAUAUUAAGUCAAGGUGCUUUAGUCUGCUGCCCAGUCUGGAAUGUCAUCGAUAUUUCUUCAGCAUAUACAGUACAUAUAGUUUUUGAUUUACAAAUAUUUGAUUUUUUUUUUUUUUUUUUUUUUUGUGUGUGUGUUUUUUUUCCUGCUGUUUGAAUGUUAACCCAAAAUUGUGGUGUGCACGUCUAUCUUUUGUUUCUCCCUUUACUCUUUUAGACACUGGUGUGCCAAACUAGCAAUUGAUAAUCAAUGAUAAUAAAAAUCCGAAUCAGUGUUUUCUUUUUCUUUGAGGAAAAUGGCAUAAAAACCAUUAUUUAACUCUGUAAAACGGAAUGCAGAUGACUGAUCAUUGUUAAUCUUUUGAUCAGUUUUCAUGUGCUUAACUGCCCAGUGUGAAGUGCAAACUGCCAUUAAGAAUUCUCCUACUGUUAAUAAAAUGUUUUGUCUUCCAGUGGUGUGUGUAUAUACUGCCCACUCUCUAUGUGAGUGUGUCUGUAGUCUCUCUUCUGUCCAAUUGCAGGGGAAGUCUUUGGACAGGACCUUUACCUGAUUCAGGUGUGUACUGCUAACUGCUUCUGACAACACAUUAGGGUUGAUGCUUUUAUUAAUGCCUGUUUGUCAUUUUAUGUUAUUAACAAACCUUAUUUGUGUGCAUUUUUGAAAUCCCUUCUAGUAGUUACCAUUUCAUUAUUUCAGUUUGAUAUUUGUAUUAAAACCUAGUACUAGCGUGUUGAUUUUUUUUUAUCUUUAUCCAGCGUCUUGUUGUCUACAGAGUUCUUAAUGAGACUGUGCCACAUAUUGAGGUACCUGUUCUGUUUAUAAUUAUUAUUUUUAUAUUUAUGGAGUGUAAUAAGCAAAUACAUGUAGUCUUUGUUUUUCUGUACACAAACUUGUAUCUGAGUGAUCUCAACAAAGCACUUUACAAGUGAAAAGUAAAAUCACCGUCUUGACACGGGGAAGUUAAGCCAUUCCAUAAAGUUUUUGUCCAGGAAAUUUGUCUAUUUUAACGUUCAAGCUCAUAUGAAGCUAAUUAAGUGAAUAAAUAAAACUUUGUAACAAGCUGAUUAGCUUUGGCUACAGUUUUCCUGAUUUGCAAAAGUAAAUAAUAAUAAAAAAAGAUACCUUUUUUAAUGAA